AUGGCUUUAGAACCAAUUGACUAUACUACACACUGCAACGCUAUUGAGGAAGCGUUUCAAAAGGUUGUUCGCGCUUCGGAUGCUGAGAUUGACUGGUUAAUUCUCACACCAAAUGGCCAAAAACAGUACACUCCGGAUAAGACUGGAACCGGCUUCAGCGAGUUUCUGGGAUCCUUCGAAGACUCCAAAGUAGAGUAUGGGCUUGCACGCGUGAGUCCUCCAGGCUCUGACGUACAGAAGCUCGUUUUGGUGGGAUGGUGUCCUGACAGCGCGCCAAUGAAGAUGAGAGCGUCUUUUGCGUCUAAUUUUGGUGUUGUUGCAAACCAGGUUCUCAAGAGCUACCACGUUCAAAUAACUGCACGAGACGAGGAUGAUUUAGACGAGAGAGAGCUUUUGGCCAAGGUCAGCAAUGCUGCCGGAGCUCGCUAUUCGAUCCAAACCGAAGGCCCUACUAGAACCUCUUCUGCUCCUAAGCCGCGUCCUUCUGCACUUCCGAAGAAAGUUGAAUCAGAAUUCAAACCAAGCGCAAUUGCCAAGCCUGCGGCUGCCAAACCAAGUUUCUCUAACACUUCAUCUAAAGCCGUUUCUAAUUCCGCUGACGACGACUGGGAUGAACCAGAGAUUGAGGAGCGCGAUUUGCAGUCCAACCCACUGAAACCAAACCAGUCAACUUAUAAGCCGGUAGGAAAAAUUGACCUGCAAAAAGUGAUUGCCGAGGAGAAUUCCAGGCAAGACCCGCGCCUAGUGAACACAGUCAAGUCCGAGACUUCUUCAAAACUGAAUCCAAGAGAUGAUAUUGAAAAACUGAAGAAGGACUCGAAAGCGCAAAGAGAUGCUGAGAUCAAAAAGUACUUAGGCACCAGACCUCACACCACCACUCUGCCUAAGAAGAGUGAUGAUAUGGUUGUAAAAGGUUUCCAAAAUGAAAAAUCCCCAGCCCAAAUUUGGGCCGAGAAACACCAACAGGGACAACCAAGCACUAACGUAAAGCCUGAAACUUCGGACAGUACUGAAGAAAGUGAACCUGAAGAGAUGGAGUCACCAACAGAAACAGAAGAACAAGCGCCACAAAUUUCCGACGUAAAAGCCAAAUUUGAGAAGGUGAGUAUGAAAGAGCCUCAAAUUAUUAAACCUGGUCAGGUUAAAACUCCAGUUCCAGUUACUGAGGAAAAAUCUACCCAAAGUGCUCAAAAAAUGCCCAUGGGUCAACCUCUACCAGGAAUGCGUGCCGAAAUUGAUACUGAUUCCGAGGGAGACAACGACGACUGGGAUGAUGAAGACGAAGAGCAGCCCACCCCAAAACAUGCUCUGCCAACCAAAACAAGCACUGCUCCUACGCCUGUGCCUGCAACUGCGCCAAGACCGCAAGAACCUGCGAGAGAAGCUGCUGCCCCAGAGCCUAAGGCCACGCCUACUCUACCUACACGCACCAGCGAAACCACGUUUGUACCCCCACCACCACCAAGAAGAAACGUUCCAGCUACUACGACUCCUACGCCUGUAGAAGAAACUAAACAACCUGAACCAGAAGAGCCAGAAGCUCCUGCGAAGCCUGCUGUUCAAGACGAAAAUGAAGAAGAACUGCCAUCUGCAAUUGCUGAAUAUGACAAUGAAGCUGAGGAGCACAACGAAUUGGGUUUUAAAGAGGGAGAUAAGAUAGUCAAUAUCGUUUUUGUAGACGAUGACUGGUGGUUGGGUGAGCUGGAAAACACCGGUGAAAAAGGCCUUUUCCCAAGCAACUACGUACAGUUGCUCGAAUGA